AUUAGAUGAAUUAGCUAAUUUACUAUGAAUUCCAUUAUGUGCAGGAACUGUUAGUAGAGGAAGUGAUAUUAUUGCAUCAGGACUAGUAGUCAAUGAUGUUGCAGCUUUUUAUGGUAUUUAUCACACUAAUACCAAUAGGUCUCGAUACAACAUCAACUGAAAUCACAGUUAUUGAAAAAAUAUUCAAAUUAAAGGAUAAGAAUAAAUAAAAUAUGGAAGUAUAGUAAAUGUAAGACAUUUAUUAAAUGA